AAAUUGACACGGACCCGGAGGGACGCGGUGCCGCUCAGCAGCGUGACACUCGCUCACCACUCCUCACCACUCACUCACCAUCACUCACCACUCACUCACCAUCACUCACCACUCCUCACCAUCACUCACCACUCCUCACCACUCACUCACCAUCACUCACCACUCACUCACCAUCACUCACCAUCACUCACCACUCCUCACCAUCACUCACUCACCAUCACUCACCACUCGCUAACCACUCCUCGCUCUCACCACAACGACACGAGAGAGGAGGGAGCAGAGGAGGGAGCAGAGGAGAACCCCCCCCCCCCGACGCUCACUCACACACUCACCCCUCGCUCACACAACACCAACACGGGAGAGAGGAAACAGAGGAGGACCCCCACCCCGACACUCACAAUUCCUCACCAUCCCUCACCCCUUCUCGCUCUCACCACCACAACGACAACACCGCGCCAUGGAGAGCGACAGAGUCUCUCCCCCGCCUUGGCUGAGUGCCGCGCGGCCGGGUCCCCUGAGCCGCGAGUUGACGCUGAGCGGGCCCCGCGUGACGCUGGGCGCGCUGCUGGCCGCCACGUGCGGCCUCUGGGUCGUGGCCUACGCCACUCACCUCCUGCUGCAGAGCACCGCGGUGCUCACCGUCUUCAUCCUGGUGUUCAUGGUGUCGCUCAUGUUCUACCUGCACAUGGUGAAGGUGGAGCACGAGUGCGUGCUCCUCAUCGCGGCCACGGGCGUGCAGCUCACGCGCCACUAUGCAUCGGGGCGCCAGCAAGCCACCUUCAUUGAGAUGGCGCGCGUCAAGGACAUCGUCAUCAACGAGGUCAUCCAUGCGCAGCAAGUGCUGUACCACAUGAGUAUCCUGCUGAAGGAUCCCGCUUCCCCUGAGCGGAUCUCCGGCAUCAUCCCAGUGUUUGCGAAGUUUAAACCACGACUCGACUGCCUGGUGGAAGUCUAUCGGACCUGCCAGGAAGUGCUGCAGAUGUCGGCGUCUGACAGUGCGGUGUUCAGCGGCGGUGGUGUUGGUGGCGCCGCUGGGAUCAGAGACUGAUGCAAAACACUACAUUCACCGCACCACCAGCAGCAGAAGCUGGCUUGUCCCACGUGCUGUAUUCACACACAGAUCUCAUUUCCAGGCACAACAUGGCCAGGUUACUUAAAUGCAGCCAAAUGUAUAUUUUGACAACUACAUCAUAGACUAUUACCAUCAUCAGCCAUGUUCUAUUCACUUCCGGAUGAAGGCUCCCCCCCCCCCCAUGCCUUCACCAUUACUCGUGGUCCUGCGAUGCCACAAUGGAUCCGAUUGCUCCAUCUCCACGGUGGUCGUACCCUUUAGUGUUCUCCCAUUUGCCUGCCAUUCCAUCGGCUUUGCCCAUCAGCCAUCCUCUUCCCUUUCCAGAGACGUUCUCUUCACCAACACCUUCAAACAAGCACGAUGCCUCGGGAUUCACAUUGCUCCCAGGUACACGUUGCUCCUCCUGUCAGCCGGCGUUACGUGCCUAAUUAGCUCAUGCAGCUAAUUUAGACACGUAACGAUUCCUCAAUUCCUACUCGCACGAAGGUCGCAUCGCAUUGUGCCAAGCCUCAAAUUGUUUUCAGUUUUAUGCGCGUAACCACCCUGCAGCCGUGAGAGCCGCGGCGUUCACAGCAAUCACCCAAUCAUGGAUGCGAAUCACGACGGAAUCGCAACGCCUGCAUCAUGUUGCGCGGGGGUGAGGCAUCGCCGCGUUGCAUACUUUGAAACGGGGAUUCUGUUUUAUGAAGUUGCAUUCAUUUGUGCUUCGUGUGAAUUGUGCCAAGCGUAUUUUUCACAGAGAUAUUUGAAGCGGCACUUUUUCCAGUCUGUUGUUGACGAUAGCAUGCGAGUAAAAAUUAUGACAUUAUUUCCGUAAUAAUAAAUUAAUCGUUUUAUGAACCACAGUUCUCUCCGUAUACAUAUUACCGAUAAAUAAAUAGUUGUAAAAGAAAA